UGUUACCCAGAAGCUCCCCGGGAGAUGCUUGCCAUGACGCAGGCCCUCGGCAGCGUAGCAGGACUUUUUGGGGUAGAAAAGCUUCAUUCACCCACAGCCACAUCCCCAUCUUUGACCAUGAGCUGUCCUGAGUCUCAGAAGACAGGGCUGAGUGGGAAGGAUGGCAGUUCCCCUCAGAAACAAGUGAUCUUCAAAAAAAGCACCCGUGACAAAGCUCUGACCAUCUACCUGGGGAAGCGGGACUUCAUUGACAACGUAGGGCACGUGGAGCCUGUGGAUGGUGUUGUAUUGGUGGACCCUGCACUUAUCAAGGGGAAAAAAGUGUAUGUGUCCCUGACCUGUGCUUUCCGCUAUGGCCAGGAAGACAUCGAUGUCAUUGGCCUCACCUUCCGACGGGACCUCUUCUUCUCUAGGGUCCAGGUGUACCCUCCUGCUGACAAGCCAGAGUCUCUUUCCCACUUGCAGGAAUCUCUGCUAAAGAAGCUGGGGAAAAAUGCUUAUCCAUUUUUCUUCACAUUUCCAGAUUACCUGCCUUGCUCAGUGUGUCUGCAGCCUGCACCUCGUGAUGUGGAUAAGAGCUGUGGGGUGGACUUUGAGGUGAAAGCUUUCUCAACAGAGAAUGUGGAAGAGAGAAUUCAUAAGAGGAACUCUGCACGGCUGCUGAUCCGGAAGGUGCAGUAUGCUCCCGAGGUGCCGGGACCUCAACCCUGUGCAGAGACCACCUGGCAGUUCUUCAUGUCCAACAAGCCCUUACACUUGAAAGCUUGCCUCAGUAAAGAGGUGUACUACCACGGUGAGCCCAUUCCAGUCACUGUCACCAUCAACAACAGCACGGACAAACCAGUGAAGAAGAUCAAAGUCCAGGUGGAGCAGGUUGCCAAUGUGGUUCUGUAUUCCAGUGACUACUACACAAAAGUGGUGGCUGCUGAGGAAGCACAGGAGAAGGUGCAGCCCAACAGCAGCCUGACCAAGACACUGACACUCUUGCCCUUGCUAGCAAACAACCGGGAGACACGGGAAAUCGCUCUGGAUGGAAAGCUAAAGGAUGAGGACACCAACUUGGCUUCUAGUACCAUUAUUAAGGAUGGAAUAGACAAGACAGUGAUGGGGAUUCUGGUUUCCUACAAGGUCAAAGUGAAGCUCACAGUUCCAGGCAUGCUGGGAGACCUCACCUCCAGUGAAGUGGGCACAGAGCUGCCAUUUCGUCUCAUGCACCCCAAACCUGAGGAAAAGAACCCAGCAGGGAAGGAUGGUGAAGCAGAGCUGGUGUUUGAGGAGUUUGCUCGUCAACAGCUAAAGGAUAUGCUUGAUGAUGAAGACAAGACUCUGUCCUCAAAUGAUGAGUGACUGAAAGAACGAGCAGCCAGAGAAGGAAGUUCUGUAGUCUGACAUCAGUUAGAAACUUAGGGCCCUAGGUUUGUAGUGAACUGCAUGUUUUCAGUGUACACAUGGUCUACCAGGGAUCGACCCUGGCGUCAGUGGACAUACAAUCAUGAAUCUCUAUUGCUAAUUAAAAGCUUCUGCGCUAGAAGAAUGUAGCAGACUCAAAAGCUGAUGCUUACUCAAGCUACCAGAGAUGGGCAGGAAGGCUGCCAUGCAAUGACUUCUGCUUUGAGGGCAACCUAGUAAAAAAGGUUGGUUGCUUUUACCACUGAUGAGAGCUUAAGUGACGGUUUGUGUGACCUGCCUAAGCUUACUCGGUGUGAAAGAGCCUCUGACUCGGAAAUGCUACUGAAGCAAGCUCCCACUUCACUGAAGGUUUCUCAGCAGAUUGUACAAAACUGAUUUUGUUUCCUUUUGGUUGCUUUUGUGUUUAUGCUUUACCAAACUCAUCCAGUGAACGUUCUCAGUGCUCAUUCUGUCCCCCUGUGUGGCUUACGUCCACUUUCUGUACCAUUCUAUGUCUUGCAAGUCAUCUUCCACGCCAGCUAUAAUGCUAAGAUGCAAUACCUUCUAGCAGCAUUCUUAACAACCACGUUAUGAAAGAUGAGAAAUGUGCAUUAUCUGUGGAUUGCUUAAACAAAGCUCCCUACAUACAACCCCAGAGAGUGAUCUUAUUUUUAAUGUAGUUUCCUGUAUGCAUCAGUGCUUCAAAAGAGAGUGCAGUAAAAUCAAGGAGGAGCCUGCCCUGAGGAGCUUUUUCUAAUAUCCAUCUGCAAGAGGCUGGUUUGUGUUUGAAGAACUGAGUAUGCUGCAAACUUUGUUCUCU